AUGAUCAGACUCAACUUGAUGGCAGCAGUGCACGGCUGGGCAGAUACCCGGGCCAUCGGUGCGGUGGAAUGUCUCGCCAACUCGCAGCCCUGGCAGGCAGGUCUCUUCUUCCUCACUCGUCUCUUCUGCGGAGCAACCCUCAUCAGUGACCGCUGGCUGGUUACAGCUGCCCAUUGCCGCAAGCCGUACCUGUGGGUUCGCCUCGGGGAGCACAACCUCUGGCGAUGGGAGGGUGCAGAGCAGCUGUUCCGGGUUACAGACUUCUUCCCCCACCCUGGGUUCAAUGACGACCUCAGAGCUCAAGACCACAAUGAUGACAUCAUGCUGAUUCGCCUGCCCAGGAGAGCCCGCCUGAAUUCUGCUGUGAAGCCGCUCAACUUCAGUGACAACUGUGUCUCUGCAGGGACUCAGUGCCUCAUCUCAGGCUGGGGAGCUGUGUCCACACCCGUAGUGGAGUACCCAGUAACCCUGCAAUGUGCCAACGUGAGCGUUGUGGAGCACAGACUCUGCCAUAAGGCAUACCCAGGCCACAUCUCUAAUAAAAUGCUGUGUGCAGGCCUGUGGGAAGGAGGCCGAGGUUCCUGCCAGGGUGACUCUGGGGGCCCCCUGGUUUGUAACGGGAUACUGGCCGGAGUGGUGUCUGGGGGCUCAGAUCCCUGCUCUACACCCCGACGCCCCGCUGUCUAUACCAGCGUAUGUCACUAUGUGAACUGGAUCCGAAAGACCAUGGAGGAAAAUUGA